GUACGACAUUAUACGUGCGGGGUGUGAAGUUUAAUUUUCUGUUUAGUUUUAUUUAAAAAAAGAUGUUCGGGUUUAAAAAAGGAAAACAGAAAAUCGAAGAUGAACAUGAGUGUGUGCCCGUUGUUUUCGUCAAAAUUCCAGAGGCUUUUGCAGCAACCAUGUUGUCCGAUAUGGACCAGCUUCCCACCAUCAAAUUGGGUAACUACACUCUCCAGAUAGAAUUAGAUGACCUCAAGCCAGAAGUUCAAGAAAUCGCCAGGAAGGAACUUAGGGAGACCCCUGAGGUGAAAAAGGAAGCUAUAGUAGCUCUAAGGGAUCUAUUAAGAGAGGAAAAAGACCUUAAAGUGCCUUUAGAAAACGACCUUUGGCUUGUAAGGUUUUUGAGGCCUUGUAAGUUCUACCCAGAAAGUGCCUGCAAUCUGAUUAAGAGAUAUUACAAAUUUAAAAUUACACACGCCAAUGUAUACGAUGGAUUGAUGCCCAGUAAAGAAAAGAAUAUUUUUGAACAAAAUAUUCUAACAGUACAACCAAACAGAGAUCAGUUAGGCAGAAGAAUUUUAAUCAUUGAAUUAGGAAAGAAAUGGAAAACCGAUAAGGUAUCUUUAGAUGAAGUAUUCAAAGGUUGUGUAUUGUUCCUUGAAGCCGCUAUGUUGGAACCAGAAAGUCAAGUCUGCGGAGCAGUGGUCAUUUUCGACAUGGAUGGUUUAUCGAUAUCCCAAACAACCAAAUUUACCCCCUCCUUUGCCAAGAGAAUAGUUGAUUGGUUGCAGGAUAGCGUACCUCUAAGAAUCAAAAACAUUCACAUCGUCAACCAACCGUACAUCUUCAAGGUCGUCUUUGCCCUCUUCAAGCCCUUCCUUAGAGAAAAACUAAGAAACCGCAUUAUCUUCCACGGUACUGACCGCAAAUCUCUCCACCAAUACAUGAGCCCCGAAUGUUUGCCGGAACAUUACGGUGGAACUCUAGAUUUACCAAGGAUAAAUGGUAACCAGUGGUACGACUUGUUGGUUAUGUGUGAUAAGGAAUAUUUAUCUAUCAACUCUUUCGGUUAUAAGAAGAAAGGAGAGCUAUAAGGACGAUAACUUCAAAAACAACGCACCAUACCCAGCCAUAUUACAACGACAAACUGGGUCGUCGUAUAUUUCGCAGCAUAAUAGAGAUAAUAACUAUUUAUUAUUUUUAUAUAAAAUCGUAUUCUAUUUUUAUAGCAAUUUUGCCAGUUUUUUCAUUAAAUCUUUUAAUUUUAGACAAAGGCUCAAAGGACUAAAUGUGUUAACAAUAUUUUCAUCAAUUUUUUGAUAACUUUUAUACAUUUUAGAUUAGAAACAAGUGGUGUAAGCCUUUUUCUUUCUUCUGGUUGUUUUAGUUUAAGAUAAACAUAAAUUCUGACUUAUAAGCAGAUUGAUUGCAUGAACUUUAAUAAGAUUUUUAAGAAACAAAUUUCUAAGCUUCUUUAUUCCUUCUUUGAAUCAUCGAUUGUUGAAAAUUAUAUCUAAAGCAGUUCACAAUUAAAAUAUUACUACAUUUCAUCACAUGAAGUAUUAAUCUGAAGCAAACUUUAACACUAUUCCUACCGCUUUUCUACCCCUUUUCUCCACUUUUAUUUGGGUCUUCUUUCACUUGAACCCCUUUAAACUAUUAAACUUUAUUUAUACUUUAUUUAAUUAUAAAAUUAGGGAAUUAUUUGGUCGAUACCUGUAAAAUAUUUGAACAAUCAAAUCUGUCAUAUUUUUAACACAAUUAUAAUAUUAAUAAAAACCAGUAUUUCAUGUUUAUCAUAAACAUUUUGUUCUUUAGUGAUUUCUACUAUACUUUUACUGUCUUUUUUUAGGUUACUAUUAUAAUUAUUGUACGAGUAUUAUAACCUAAAAAUAUUUGUGAUAGCUUUCAUCACUUUCUUUAAUAGUAAUUUGUUUUACAGUAAUUAUUAGUUUUAUGUUAGUUAUUCGUAUGUUUUUCAUUAUUGAAUAAAAAAUCAUACUUGUU